CUUUCGUAAUAGAUACCUGACGCCGAAUCACAGCCACAUCAUUUACAUCAUCAUGGGAUCCGGAGAGAGCACGACCAGGAAAGUGUCUUUCGGCCUUGAUGAAGACGACACAGUUCGGAUUCUGCGUGGAGUGAAGCUUUCAGAGGAUGUUCUUCAGCGGAUGAGAAACUCUAAUCGACCUGCAGAACCACAGACCCCUGUCAGCAGCAAGGAGAGCCCAGGACCACAGACCCAGACCCAUACCCCAGCUCCACCUCCCGGUCCACAGCCUGGUCCUCCAUCCGGACACACUGCCGCUGACACCAGGGAAGAGCUCAAGAACAGGUUUGAGAAGCAGCAGGCUAUUAUAAAGGAGGAGCUGGCUCGCAUUGCACGUCAGGAGAGAGAGGCUUCCCGCCAAGACCUCAGCAGAGCUGUGCAGAGGGAGAGAGCAUUGACCCGCCAGGAGGUGGACCGGGCCAAUCAGCUGGCCAAGCGGCUGGAGAAGAAGGAGGCGGAGCUAAAAGCCCUGGAAGCCUUUUACAAGGAGCAGAUAGCACAACUGGAAAAGAAGAGCUGGGAGCGAUACCGAGAGUCCAGUGAUCAGUUCCAUGCUGCGGCUGCCAGGGGUGAAGCCAGUAUCCGGUCACAAAACAUGGAUCCUGUGUGUGCCAGUCUUCAGGCCCAGAUCCUACACUGCUACAGAGAGCACAGGGCUGAGACUCUGCACUGCUCUGACCUGGCCAAGGAGUACAUGCACUGCAUCAACGCUACCAAAAAGAACUUGCUGGUGAACCACGGCUGAAAGAGACCACGAACUUGUCAGCGGUGCCAUAGAACCUGCAGAUACUGAUCCGUUCAUUGUUCUGGGUGCUGGAGUGUUCAGGCCAGUGCGCCUUUUUUCUUUUUUCUUCUUUUUCUACUGCUUAGCCAUAUUAUAUUAAUUCUUAAGUUGCACUACGAAUUGCUGCAUUCAGCAGGGUACCAGUACCUUGGAGAGGAUUGAUUAGGGAGAAUGGAUUUUUGAAAAAGGCUUCAAUUUUGUAACUGUAUACUCAGGAAUUCCUGACCAUUUGUUUUACCAAGAUUGUAUUUAUCCCAAUGGAUUUCAUUAAAUUGACUUCUUAAAUA